GGGGCUCCUGGCGCUGUGGGUUUCCCCGUCCAGGGGCGUCCAGAUGCCAGGCGGGAUGGAGGGUGGCGAGGGGCACGGGAUCUGCACGAGGAAACGCUGGGCUCAAAGUCCCGCUGCCCAGUCGGUGUUCCCACUCAGUGCACGGCUUUGGCUCACCAAGGCUGUUUUCCAAGCCUCAGUUCCCCCUCUGUAAAGCUGGAGGAAAGAGCGUCCCUGCAGAGUUGGGGUGGAAAUUUAACCAGGUACCGCGCGGGGGGAGCGUUCAGGCAAGCCGGUCCCAUCCAGCAAGGAAGGGCAGGGCCGUCCCGCAGUAUGGACACCCGGCAGAGUCGCGCCACUCGCUAGGUGCGGGCGUGACUCUCCAGGUGCGGGCUCAACCCACCCCUCCCCGCCGCCUCCUUUCUCUCCGAAGCUGGCUUGGGGCAAGGGGCGAGGGUUUCCCUCCUGCACCGGCGCCUCCUGCGCGGGCACCGGGGUGCGCGCCCCUCCUCCCGGCCCAGCACCCGGAGGUGCCCGCGCUCCCGGAGCUGGGCGGGUCGCAGCACAUGUGACCCGGGCGGGCAGCACCAGGGCCUCGCCCGCGCGCUGCCCGCCAGGCAGAGGCAGUCAGGAGCUCCUGCCCUGCGCCCUGCCGCCCGAGUGUGCCGUGACCAGAGGCCCAGCCUCCCCCGGAGCAGGGCCUGCAGGCCACGGGAAAGAGUCGGGCCUCACAGGCUCGGAUCGCACCCCAACCCUGAGAGCCCCGCUUCAUUUUCAGGUGGGGCCCUGCCGAGGAGCAGAGAUGGGGAAGAAGCUGGACCUUUCCAAGCUCACGGAUGAGGAGGCCCAGCACGUCUGGGAAGUCAUCCAGCGGGACUUGGAGCUCAGACGGAGAGAAGAGGAAAGGCUGGAGGAGCUGAAGGGCAAGGUCAAGAAAGGGCGCCCCCAGAGGGAGCUGGUGUCCGAUGUGGCCCGCCUGAACGAGACCCACUGUGCCCACUGCCUGCAGCCCUACCGGCUCCUCGCCGCCCCCAAAAGGCAAUGCCUGGACUGCGGCCUCUUCACCUGCCCGGGCUGCAGCCACGCCCACCCGGAGGAGGGCUGGCUCUGCCACCCUUGCCACCUGGCCAGAGUCGUGGAGAGGGGCUCCCUGGAGUGGUACUACGGGCACGUGCGUGCCCGCUUCAAGCGGUUCGGGAGCGCCAAAGUGGUCCGGUCCCUGUGCGCACGGCUGCCGGGCGCAGGUUUGUCUGACCGCGUGCAGAGCCUGCCCAGCAUCCGAGGUGGGCCUGAGCCAGGCCCUGGAGACAGAAGUGCGGGCAGUGAGCAGACGGACUCGGACGGACAGCUGGACCGGGCAGCCCGGGCCCAGCCCCUUCGCAGCACACCCGUGCCCCCCAGGGGAAAGCGCCUGCUCCCCAUUCACAGCUGGGACUUCGAGGCCGACUCAGACGACUCCGCUGGGCCUGGCAGUCGCCCCCCGAGCCUGUCCUCAGCCCCAGAGGCCCUGGACAGCCUGCAGGUCCCGUGGGCUCAGGCCCUCACAGGUGAGCCCUGCCCGGAGGAGGCCGGCGCCAGGGGCUCUGGACACCACUCCCGUGAAGAGGUGCAGACAGACAGCCUCUCACCUGCCGGACCGGACGGCCCCGCUGAACUCUGCCUGCCAGGAGCGGCCCAUGCGGCAGCCCUGGGGGCCGCUGCCUCUCCUGGGGUGCGCGUGGCCGGGAGUGAGCAGCCACCCGCCCGGUGCCUGACGGACGAGGACACCUCGGAGGAAGAGGGCGCCCAGGCCCUCGCGGUGGCCUCCCGCCAUUCCCCACGGAGUGUCAGGGCCGCCUCUGAGAUCCAGUGUCCAGGUGCCCACGAGCCCACGGACGCCGACGCAGAGGAGGAGACCCUAAAGAGGAAGCUGGAGGAGCUGACCGGCAACGUCAGCGACCCCGGGGCCUCGUCCGAGGAGGAGGGCAAGGGCGAAGGGGCCGAACCGGGCAGGAGCACGGCCUCGGAGCACUCCCCCAGGACGACCCCGCAGGUGAGCACGUCUGCAGGCCAAGUGCACAGGUGGGAAAAGAGCCCCCCGGGCCCUCAGGACCCCACCCAGACCACCAGGACCCCAGACGAGGCGCUGUUGGAGCUGGAAGACAGGGUGGCCCUGACUGCUUCCGAGGUUCAGCAGGCGGAGAGCGAGGUUUUGGACAUCGAGUCCAGGAUCGCGGCCUUGCGGGCCGCGGGGCUCACCGUGAGGCCCUCGGGAAAGCCUGGGCGGGGGUCCAAGCUCCCGGUCCUCCUCCCUCGAUGUGCGAGGACCCCUGGCCUGAGCCCCGAGCACCCGCCCGCAGGCCCUGAGGACGAAGUCAAGGUCAUGGCUGUGCCCCGCCUUCUGCAGAGGAAGCUCAGUAAUUCCCCUGAAGGUCAAGGCCAGGACGGCGAGUCCUUCGAUCGGAAGUCAGUGAACCGCGGGUCCCUGACGCAGAGGAGCCCCAGCGGCAGGAGGGGCUCCACCCUCCGCAGCUUCGCGAAACCGGUGAUGAUCCACCAUCCCUGAGGGGCAGAGGCUCGUCGGGACAGGACCACGCCUUGCUCUCCGCCCCUAGAAGCUCUGACCCUCGGGAAACUUCGAGGGUCUGUCCCUUCUUCGCGAUGCUGCCAUUCAGACCCCUUGAAGGUCACACAGAAGACCCACCCACUAUGACCUUUCUCUCUCCCCCUCGCCCUUUCUUGUGUUGCUUUCCUGAGUGGGGCGAAGAGGGAUGGCACUGACCGCCCGGGUUCAUGACCGGGCGUCGGCCCACGGGGCUGGAGGGCUCUGUGCGUGCGGGUGUGGGGGGGGAGUCGGGACGAGUAACUGAACUCGAGACCCGCUGAGAAACCGGCGGGAACAGAGCCGUACCCCUCCCCCACCCCUCCCCGCACACACCCAUCCCCGCACACACCCAUCCUGCUUUUUUCUUCCAUUUCUCUGCGUGCGUUAAAUUCUUUCCCAAUGCACACAAAUUGCUGUGAUAAUAAAAAUCGACACAUUUGUU